AUGUUGGAUGCACUUGAAGGGUUCCAUGGAGGUGCAAAAAAUGGAGGAUUGGUUAUCAACAACUUGCGCCUUGCAGAUGAUAUCGACCUAAUAACAGAUAAUGCCAAAGAUCUUGAAGACCUAACAGAAAGGUUAGACAAGACGUCAAGAAGUUACGGUAUGGAAAUCAGUGCUGAAAAGAGUAAAACAAUGGUCACAAUGGUUACAAAUGAUAAGAAUACCCAAACAAUAUCAACAAAGGUAAAUGGUGAACAACUCAAACAAGUACACAGCUUCAAAUAUCUUGGAUCAACAAUCCCAGAAGAUUUUUCCAGCGAAACACAAAUCAAUAACAGAAUUGUAUUAAAUGGCAACCAGUGCCUUGGCACGACUUCAAAAAAUAUGGGUUGCAAAGAAUAUUUCCAUGGCAAACAAGAUUAA